ACUGAACUACCCUAAUGUGGAGUCAUCCAAAGUGCAAAAUGACUUCAAAAUGCUUACAUAUAAGCUAUUCAGUCUCCAACCCUUCUGGUUCAGAGGGGGUAAUAGGAAUCUGACAAAAUUGAGCAGACACUGCUUUUACAGGAAUAGGUUUGAAGAAGAUUCCUCGUUUUGAUGAGGUCAAGAAGAGUGUUCAGUUUGCCGAAUUCAACCUCAGAAAAAUAGAAAGUGUUCUGGUAGAACUUGAUGAAUUACUUUGGCAAGGAUUUAGCACUCAACUGCAAAGCCUAUGUCAGGGAGUCAAUGGUAUCACAGAGAAGCUUGAAAUAGCUAAAGAGAAUAAAGACUGGGCAGAACUAUUCCAACUUCAGACUGAUUUUCACAAACUCCUAAACUCAAUCAUUGAAUCAAAAAUGAUGAGCUUCUAUAUUCGCCAAAUCCAUUUGAAGGAGUUUACAGAAUUUCAAGACUCUUCAAAAUCCUACCCUUCAAAAGGAGCUUUUAUAAAUUCAUCCUCAUCAUUUGACCAUAGUCAAUCCCAAACAAUGUCAAAGCUAAAUUCCUUCGAAAACUCUGAGGAUAUGGGUGCUAUUGCCAUUAGAACUCCGACUGAUGAUGCAGCUAAUGCUGAAGCUUUAGUCCCAGUGAAGCCUCAAGAAUACUUCAUCCUAAAGCCUCCAGUUGAGCCGUUCCUCAGCAGGCAGAUGGAAAGUGGUUAUGAUAGGAAGACUACUAAUGAAAAUGACAGACUAAUAGAGGAAACUAAGACAGAACAUGGUGGAAUAGACAAGCCUUUAUUACAUAAAAUAGAUCAGAAUUGAAGCGUUUAUUCACAUUUUCAGGCUCCACUGCAUACUCUGACAGAUGAUGAACUUUCUCUUUUAUAUACCUUUGCUAGUGAAGACCCUACUCCAAUAAACUGUCAUUCCACAAUACAAUUCUGUUUGGUGUAUCCUAAAUGGAAAAAACUAAUGAGUUUGCUCCAAAACUUUAAGCUUCCUCCUAUGCUAAAGAUAGUAAUCAGAAAUAUCUUCGCUCUUAAUGAUCCUCCUCUUCUUAACAGAUUCCUCAGCAACGCUAUAUCAAGCAACAUCAGACAGCUAAACUUUUACACUGACGACAUCGACACCCCUAUCUGCCCUUACAUGCCCACUCUUCUCAAGACCCUUCCUCAGAUCCCCAACUACAUCAGACUCUUCGGCCUCUCACUGACCCAGUCCCAGUUCGAGGCCCUGUUCUCAGCCAGUCUGAGCUGCAGAGGUCUGGCUCUGAACGGGUGCAGACUGGUCACGACUAGUGAGUGCAGGUUUGAAGGAGAAGAGUUUAACCUGAAUGAACUGCUGUUCAAGGGGAAUGGAGAGCUGAGUGGGUGGCAAGGGCAAGGAGUGCAGAGAUUCUAUAACAUCCUGUCUGGCCUAUUCAAACUCAAAAAAUCCCACCAAAGAGACCUCCAAAUAACACUUGAAGAACCCUCUGAAGUCCAAGAAUGCCUUGCUGAACUAAAAGCUAAAGUGGACCUGCCAUUGCUGAAGAUUGAGUAAUUUGAUAAGAAUUCC